GGGGAAGUGUGUAGUCCGCCACCAUGUCUCUCGCACGCUUUGGAGGAGCGCUUUCGCGCGCAAAGUGCUCGUCACGGGCUCAAUGGCAAUCUGCACGAUGCCUCUCGAGCUUCGCACCCCGCUACGCCAGAGCCGACAAUGAGCUCAACUCGGUCAGCAAGGUCAUCACACAGCCCAAGUCGCAGGGAGCCUCGCAGGCCAUGUUGUACGCUACAGGCAUGGACGAGCAGGACAUGAACAAGGCCCAGGUCGGCAUCUCGUCGGUCUGGUACUCGGGCAACCCAUGUAACAUGCAUCUCCUGGACCUUAACCACAAGGUGAAGGAGGGCGUGGAGAGGGCAGGUCUCCUGGGCAUGCAGUUCAACACCAUUGGCGUCAGUGACGGUAUCUCCAUGGGCACCAAGGGCAUGCGUUACUCGCUGCAGUCGCGUGAGAUCAUCGCCGACUCGAUCGAGACGGUCAUGGGCGGUCAGUGGUAUGAUGCGAACAUCUCCAUCCCGGGAUGCGACAAGAACAUGCCUGGUGUCAUUAUGGCCAUGGGCCGUGUGAACAGGCCCUCGCUUAUGGUCUACGGCGGAACCAUCCAGCCAGGCUGCGCGAAGACACUCGAGAACCAGACUAUCGACAUCGUCUCCGCCUUCCAAGCGUACGGACAGUUCAUCACAGGCGAGAUCAACGAAGAUCAGCGUUUCGAUAUCAUCAGGCAUGCGUGCAACGGUCAGGGUGCGUGUGGAGGCAUGUACACAGCGAACACCAUGGCUACAGCCAUUGAGACAAUGGGCAUGUCGCUGCCUGGCUCGUCUUCGAACCCUGCCAACUCAAAGGCCAAGAUGCUGGAAUGUCUGGCUGCAGGAGGCGCCAUCAAGAACCUGUUGAAGGAGGAUAUUCGACCAAGUGACAUCCUCACCAGGCAAGCUUUCGAGAACGCCAUGGUCGUCAUCAGCAUCACUGGUGGUUCGACCAACGCUGUUCUCCAUUUGAUCGCUAUUGCAGAUUCUGUUGGUCUCAAACUCACCAUCGACGACUUCCAGAGCGUGAGCGACCGUAUUCCUCUCCUGGCUGAUCUCAAGCCAUCUGGCAAGUACGUCAUGGCCGACAUUCACGACAUUGGUGGUACUCCUGCCCUCCUGAAGUUCUUGCUCAGGGAGGGUCUCCUAGAUGGUAGCCAGAUGACCGUCACCGGCAAGACCCUGAAGGAGAACCUGGACAAAGCCAGGGACUUCCCAGCUGACCAGAAGAUCAUUCGACCCCUCAGCCAACCUAUCAAGGAGACUGGCCAUUUGCAGAUUCUAAGAGGCUCGCUGGCCCCUGGAGGCUGUGUGGGCAAGAUCACCGGCAAGGAGGGCACACAAUUCACCGGCAAGGCUAAGUGCUACGAUGCUGAGGAUGACUUCAUCACCGCCCUCGAGCGUGGCGAGAUCAAGAAGGGCGAGAAGACUGUCGUUGUCAUCCGCUACGAAGGCCCCAAGGGUGGUCCCGGAAUGCCGGAGAUGCUGAAGCCCAGUUCCGCCAUCAUGGGUGCGGGUCUCGGCAAAGACGUCGCUCUGAUCACAGAUGGUCGCUUCAGCGGUGGUAGCCACGGCUUCUUGAUCGGCCACAUCGUGCCCGAAGCCCAAGAGGGUGGGCCUAUUGGUCUCGUCAGGGACGGCGAUGAGAUCACGAUUGAUUCCGACUCGAAUGAGUUAAACAUCGGCGUGAGCGAGCAGGAGCUCGAACAGAGGAGGAAGGAUUGGAAGGCACCUGAGCUGAAGUACAGCAAGGGUACGCUAUUCAAGUACGCUAGGUUCGUCAAGGAUGCUAGCCAAGGUUGUGUCACCGACUCGGCGUAGUGCUCUCCAAGAUGUCACCUUUCUUGUUCAAUCUUGUAUGCAUAUCUUGUCAGUCUAUUGGAUCAUGGAAAAGGUUACUGCGAGGAGUUUGGUUUGUGGAUCUAAGGUCAACAGCGGCGGCUGCCGUUUCGAAAAAUUACAUGUCCUUCCACCUACUGCGUUACCCUUUGAUCCCCAAUGGACUUGCUUAUCCAAACCCCUCUCUACAAAACUUCGAUCGCUAACACAGCGGAUGACUUAUGUAAGUGCCGAAAACUGGCCGGGCACCCAGAUAUGUUCUUUUCCCAGUGGGAAUGUACGUUCAACCCCGCUGUCUAUGCGUUGUCAGGUUGUCGCAACAACAAAUACCCAGAAUUGUGUUGGAG